AUGGACUCGGACGCGUCAUCACGCUCGGAGCUCCAGUUGGGCGCGUUAUACGGACGCUACCGCCACUGGCUCCCUGCUACUAUAGUCUCAUCUGACUCGCCCAUCCAAGACGCUUCGGUUGAUCCAUCUCAUGCUUCUCUAUGUGCUCUAGUGAUCCAGUUUGAAGGCUCAACGCGUGAAGACCUUCGUGUCGGAUUUGCUUCGCUUCCUGACGUCGCUAUGAAGACCCCAGAGGCUGGUACAAGAGUAGAAGAGAGCCAGAACUCACGCACGGACUGGACGUAUGAAGUAGCAAUUGGCAUAAGUGGAAAUACCGAAGUUGUGUGGCGAAAAUCGGCAUCUGGACGCAGCAAGGAAGUGGAUCUCGCUCGGGUGUUUACAGGUCGUACCUGCUCGGCGCAGGACUUUGUGGCUUAUUGGGUCGUUGUAGACAUGAAGAGUGGAUCGCUGGCUGUUGGUGCGGGUGCUCAGGUGGGCCAGGACGUCCUCGCGACGUGUCAGGACCCAGAUUUUAUCCCUGUGAAGCUGGCAGCAUUCACGUCGUGGGACUCGCCCGUGUCCCUGCGUGGUAUCCAGGUCCACGGAGUCUAUGAGGGACAGAAAGAGUUCCUUGCAGCUGCAGACGUGUCGACUUUUGCUCCUCCAAGAAUCAUGGUGCGAGCUGAUCCGCUGGGCAAAGAGGAUUUGCUGACAGCGGAGCAGCGACAGAAGUUUGAGGUGGAUUAUGAAGCGUCGAAGCGACGAGCGGAUCGUUUUGGAACUCCGUUCAUACCGCCAGAUAUCAAGACGGUCUUGGAUCCACGAGAUGUGAGAAAGCUCCAGCGAACUGGUGCGGUGGUACCCGGCUUUUCGACAGGUAUUGACAUCACCAGUGAGAAAGAACAGGGUAAACGAGAGCAGCGCAUGAAGCGCUUUGAUACACCGCAGUUUGCAGUGGAAUACUCGGCUGAGACGGCAAAGGCGCUCGAGCAAGGACUGACUCAGGACGAGUGGGUUCAGAAGCAGCGUGACCAGGAUAAAUUGCGUGCUCGUGCGCAGAAGUACGGACUUUCUGCUGAAGAAGAUCAUUCACAAGUGGUUUCGACUGCGCUACAUCCUGCGUCUGCCAAGGUGGAUCGUGAGCGCUGCGAUGUACAGGCUGCUGACGCAGAAGAACAAGAGGUGGCAUUUCGUGAUGAUGCGCUGCAUAUGUAUUCGUUGGAUGAGAAUUUCCAACAAGUUCGUACAAGCGACGUGAUGGAGUACUUCGUGGGCUACGGUCCAGCAUACGUGGAGUGGCUGAAUGACAGCUCAUGCACUAUAGUCUUCCAAGACAGUUUCACCUCGGCUAGAGCGCUGAUUGCUCUCGGCCAUCAAAUUCCACCGCAGACUCGUAAGCAAAAGAAGGAGAAAACAAAGGCUGAAGGUAUACUGGCGUCCGGGGAAGAUGUCGACAUGGAGGAUGCCGAGCCACAAGCUGAUGUUGAUCCUAUUACGGCAAUGAAUGACGAUGAAGAGGAAGUCGAGGUUCCGGAUGUUGCCUUUAACCGCUCGCAGUGGUAUAUGGGCAACAAGACAAUCGGCAGCAAGACUCAACCUCGCGACAAGAAUUGGCGAGUACUCUUGCGUAAGGCAACCGACGAGGAUUUCCCGCCUGAAAAGAUCCCCAAGAAAGGUAUGUACCACUCCCGCAGCAGUCGGCGCCAUGAUUCUGGUAGCAUGCACCCUCGCAACGGCCGCAACAACGCGUCAUCAUCACGACGAGAUCGCGGUCGCUCGCGAGCUCAUCCGUAUGGGGGGGAUUCUCGCGAGAGCAGACGCAGCGACGAGUCAGCAGGAACCCAGCGUCGUCGCGGCAAGAAUGAGACAUUGACACUGGCAAACCGUCCAAGCGUAUACGUGUCAACGCCGACGGCUCCAUAA